UGUCGGCGCCGUGGCUCUGCAUACAAGUGUUGUUUUUCUUUUAUUUUUUGUACCAGACGUGUGUGCUAUUUUUACACUCGCUUUAAAACUUAUUAAAUUAAAUAAACAGUUGUAAGAAUAUUUAAAUAAUAUAAAACAAAAUGACCACCUUAAGACCCUUUACUUGUGAUGAUUUAUUUAAAUUUAAUAAUGUCAACUUUGACCCGCUAACAGAAACAUAUGGUCUGUCAUUUUACACACAAUACUUGGCUAGGUGGCCAGAGUUUUUUCAAUUGGCUGAAUCUCCCAGUGGCCAAAUUAUGGGUUAUAUCAUGGGCAAGGUGGAGGGUCAUAUGGAAAACUGGCAUGGUCAUGUUACCGCUUUAACGGUAUCGCCCGAUUAUAGACGUUUGGGUUUGGCAGCUUUAUUGAUGCAGUUCUUGGAAGACAUAUCAGAAAAAAAACGUUCUUAUUUCGUUGAUUUAUUUGUGCGUAAAAGUAAUCAAAUUGCUAUAAACAUGUAUAAAAAUCUAGGCUAUAUAAUAUAUCGAACGAUAUUGGAUUAUUAUUCGGGUGAUCAAGAUGAGGAUGCCUAUGAUAUGCGCAAAGCUUUAUCGAGAGAUGUGGAAAAAAAGUCUAUAAUACCCUAUACACAGCCAUUUUCUAAAUCCGAUCUACGUCAUCAUAUGCAAAAUACCAAUUAUAUUUAAAUCGUUACAAGUGUUCCUUCCCUUUGCUGCCGGCCGAUCAUUGGGAUGUAAGAUUUUGUUCUACAAUUUCAAUUUAAUUAAUUCUUAUAAGUUUUAGUAGUAGUAGUAGUAGUAUCUAAACAAAUAAAAAAUUUCAAUUUCGCUCCAUUGAUUUCAAAACGGAGAAUUUAUAAUGAAAAUAA